GGUUCAGCUGUCAUGUCGUCGCUCCAGCAUUCUCCCCUACUGGCCAAUGCGCACAAAGCCCUUUCUGUACCCUUUCUCUACUGUAUUCAGAUACGUGCCUUUGUGCACCAUUACGACGCGACCCCAAUGGCCUCGUAGCGACACUAGAGUUCAGUGCUUGUACAGGAACAGGGCCACCCUGUUCACACACACAGCUUGUCUCCAAAUGCGUCCGGGACUGGCGGGUAUCGUGGAGAUGCUGAGCGGUGCUACCUGCAGGGCCAGGCCGAGGCUCGGCAGCCUCUUGCUUGCCCCCCUCACCAAAACAGUACCGCCGAUGUCAAGCACGGGGAGCAACAGAUUUCGGUCCACAUCCUCGAUGGGGUAUUCAGAGUUGGCAAGAGAGCGGUCAAAGACUGUCACGUCGUUUUACAACCAGUCUGCAAUUGACGUCUCCGCAGAAAAGGCCUCAGUGCGACUGACACUAGCGACCCUGCUGUAUUCUGGAAAGUCUCCUGAUGGACACCACAUCCUGAGCAGUGCCAAGUAUCUACACAAGGAGCUCCCUGUGCGAAUCGCCCAUCGCAUCAAGGGCUUCCGCAGUUUGCCCUUCAUCAUCGGUUGCAACCCCACCAUUCUGCAAGUGCAUGAACUGUACAUCAGAGCCUACCACGUGCUCAGUGACUUCCCCCCGAUCAAGGAUCAGGAAGUGGAGGCUCGUUUCUGUAAGCUGGUGCAGCAGCUGCUGGACGACCAUAAAGAUGUGGUGACCAUGCUGGCACAGGGCUUCAGGGAGUGUCGCAGACACAUCCAGGAUGAGACAAUCCUCCGUAGCUUCCUGGAUACGACGCUGUGCUCUCGUCUGGGAAUCCGAAUGUUGGCCACGCACCACCUCGCCCUCCACGAAGACAACCCUGAUUUUGUUGGGAUCAUAUGCAGACGUCUCUCUCCCAAAAAAAUCAUCGAGAAGUGGGUGGACUUUGCCAGGCGUCUGUGUGAGCACCAGUACGGGAACUCUCCCCGAGUGAGGAUCAAUGGACAUGUGGCAGCUCGCUUCCCCUUCAUCCCGCUGCCUCUGGAUUACAUCCUGCCCGAGCUCCUCAAGAAUGCCAUGAGGGCCACCAUGGAAAGCCAUCUGGACACCCCAUACAACGUGCCCGAUGUGGUCGUCACCAUCGCCAAUAAUGACAUUGAUUUUGUCAUCAGGAUUUCAGACCGUGGUGGCGGCAUCCCUCACAACAUUGUGGACAAGGUGAUGGACUACCACUUCAGCACGGCUGAGGAGAGCGCACAGGACCCCCGCAUGAGCAACUUCUUCAACAACAUUACCAACAGUGGGAACCAGUCCAGCCCCAUGCAUGGGUUUGGCUUCGGCCUGCCCACCUCCAGGGCCUACGCUGAGUACCUGGGCGGCUCUCUCUCCAUACAGUCUAUGCAGGGCAUCGGCACAGACGUCUACCUGCGCCUGCGCCACAUCGACGGUAAGGGAGAGAGCUUCAGAGUGUAAAGCUCCCCGAUGGUCGACCCUGAAGAUCCGAACGCAGGAAUCACCACGCAGGAGGACAGAGGGCAUCAGGAAGAAGGCUGGCAUGGACUACAGGACUUUGGUCCACAGAGUGAGAGCCUACACAGUAUGUUGUCAGAAAGCUCCCAAAUUCACCAACCUACUACUUGUUCCUUUUUUGUUUUUGCCUUAGACUGAUUAUAAGCUAUGUUAGCUCUCAAGUUAAUGAUUUCCGUCGUUUUUCCUUUGUGUUUUCUACCCUGUCACAUGUCGUCUGGAAGUUUCAUGGGUUGUAUGAAUUUUUGAAUGUUUAGGUUAUCGGGACAAACUGUGCAUGAAAGUGGACGUUGAUGUUACUGUGGAAGGAAGGAAAGGAAAAAGAGCUUCAGUUUUAAAGAAGUUCACUCUGAAGUUACGAGUCACAUAGCCUCAAAAUAGACGUUUUGAAGAUAAAAGUUUCAAAUGAAACUUCUGAGACACUCCAGCAACCAUGUCAAAAUCUCCUGCACAAAGCUGCUUGCAUGUUUCAUAAAGAUCAAUAUGACCUUAGUUUAAAUAGCCAGUUCCUUCCUGUACAUCAUCAGUUGUUUCAAUAGCUAAGGUCUGCCGGGGAAAGCUUCAGCGUCUCGAGCUGUAAACCUCAACCCUUGACGACCCGUAUCAAUAUUCUACAAAGCCUUCACUUAAUCAGCUGCUGCUGAUAAAAGCAGAGGAAACUGCCAAAACACCAAAAGCUCAUUAACAUUUUCUGUCACACGCCGUGAUGAACGUCUUUGUUUAGCAGUGUUUUUGCAGAGCCCUCAGGCGGGGAAGCCAACCGAGAUGUUCAGUGGCCUUAAUGUGUGACGCUAGUCCUUCAGCUGCAUGCUUUCUUUUACUCGUCUUGUUUUUUCCUUUCUUUUUGUUGGUUGCCUUUAUCGGUUCACACAGAUGCACACCGUGUCAGUUACUUAAGUCCGAUGUCAGGUGUUUUUGCACAAUGAAUAGAUUUCCUGUUGUAGCGCUCAGCACUUGCACCAAUCAUAGCAGCUUUUUGACUUUAUAACAAAUUUCAGAGUAACAAUAUACCAGAGAAGUAUUGUCUAAUGUUUUCGUCUUUAUUUUUUCUGUUUUAUUCGACUUUAGAUGUUUGUUUUUUUUUUAGAAAGUGUGUCAGGUGUAUUUCAGGUUUUCUGUCUUUUUGAGAUAUGUUUUGUAAAAGAUUACAUUUCAGGAUGGGUCUGCGACAGAGUUACUGUUCAGUCCAGUUUGGCCGAGGUUGCUAGUCAUUUUUUAGGUCCAUUUCUGUAGAUCACAACUUGAUGUGGGUUUAUUUUAAAUUACCUUUAUUUAGCGAUUUCUUCCUUAUAUUUCUGCUAUUUUAGAAAUGUUCGGUUCCCUAACAACUAAGUAUGCUUCAAACAGUCGUGGUCAACCAAUCGCUACAAUGUUAAUGCCGCAGAAAUGAGUCUCUAAAACCUGUAAAUAAGUCAUCAUUUCCACAUUUCCGGUUCCCUCAUCUCAGAGUAAAUGGGUCUGUUGAAAUUAUUGUUGUUUAGGUGCAUAAGAUAUUUUAUGCCAUAAGACGAACUCUUGUUUUGUUUUAUGACAUAAAAUAUGUCAGUAAAUGUUUUGAAAUAUAAAAAGUUUACAUAUCUGAAAAAAGGCUGUUGCUGACAGGGCUAAAUGUGACUGGAGAGGUUGUCGAGGACUCAUCUGCUCAAACGCAGACUACGGUAACUCUAACUUUCAAACUUGUACAUUUCUAGUAGUGUUCAAAGUCUAGAGUUGUUCAGUAGGACGGAGAUGUUCAAACACAGCGCGCCUUAAAAACAUCCAGCUGACUUCUGUGUCCAUCACAGAAUGUUACAAAAGAUUUCGGACACAAUCACUUCCGCCAUUAGAAACGGUGUUUCCGACGCUUUUAAACGAUCUGACGAGCGUUUCGUUUAAAGCAUAAUGAGUUGCAAGUGUAGCAGCAAGAAUGUGAUCCCUCAGCCCACACAGUCAUUUUGUCCACGAAAUGCAACACCAAGAGUUUUUUUUUAAUUUUUUUUUUAAGCCCACUAUUUUGCAAUAGUGAUUAAAUUAGAAGAUUGUUUCCUGAUAUCAAACUUUUUACUUUUUUUGUGUGUUAAUCAUCUCAGGAUAACAGGUGUCUGCACUCAUUAAGUCAUUCCUCUCAACCUGAAGACAAACGGAUGAGAAUCAAUUAUCUUCGGAAAAAAAAAUGUAUCUUGUGAUUGUGAUUACAUUGUUGCUGUCAAACAAAAUGACACAAAAAUCAAGUUGUGAUCUCAAAGUAACGUUAUAAAAGUCACUAUCAAACCUCGGCCACUCUUGAGUUUCCUAAUAGAGCCACGAGUCAGUUAAAACGGCACAGUCGACAUUAUUUGCUUUUUGAGUUUGCCCCGAUAGAUCGCCGCAAGCACUCCUCACAUUUUAUUGAACAUUCCCUGGUGAGCAACAGUUUGUCAACCUGAACGCUUCAGUUACACUUCAGUUUUCAUGUGGUGGGAGCAUUUGUUACUAUAUUAGUGUAUGCCGAUAUCUUUUUAUCAGAGAGGGUAUUGAGAAUCUUGAGCGGUUGCUAACAAUAUUGGAAAUCUAUGAAUUUUGUAAACCAUCAGAAGUUUGUAUUCAAAUCCAUUUUUUUUUAUCAUUGGCCAUUUCAUUCAUAAGAGCUGUAUCAUUAAAAAAACAACUUUAGAAUGACAUACAUUGUAUAGUGUACCUGAUGUGAAAAUGGGACUUUUUUUGUUGUUGUUGUCGGAGAAAACCUAUAAAUAAUAUAAAACUUUAAAAUGUUUUAUAUCUUACAAUUUAACACUCACUGGUCCACAUGGAUUUGCACUCACAAGUGCUACGUUUACAUACAAAUGUCCCUUGAGUUAAAAUGAGAUGUUAGCUUUUGAGACAUGUAGAAAAAAAUGCGUGAACCACUUAUUUCAGUUGUAAGAGAUUCAAACAUUAAAAUAAAUAUAUCAGGAAUUAAAUCAAAACUAAAAUGACCCCGUGUAACUCACAGUCCCAGAGUGACGGAGAGCGGCCUCUAUUAUCUGUAUUCCUCCUGAGGCUUUGUAUAUGAAUAAAUGUGUUUAUUGUGGAUCUGAAGGUCUUGAAGAUGUAGUAAUAUAUGUAGAUUAUGCAUGUAAAGCGGGGGGGGCGGUCACACCAAGUAGCUGCCAGGUGUUGGUUAACAAUGGUUUAUGGUUUGUGUCCCUUUUGAGACACAGGACGCAAACAACCAGCGUCACUCUGAGGUUUUUUUUUUUCUUUUUCUGCUGGUGAAAUGUUGAAGGUAGUUUCUGCAUUAUGGAUCUGGCAGCCAGGCUGGGUUAUGUACCGUCUGCCCCCUGCUGGCUUAAAAAGAAAAGUGCAGGCAGACUGAAAAAUACUGAUUUAUUCAUUGCAUCGUUUCAGUUUUUGAAGGGGGGGGAAGAUGAGUUUCUGAAUUUCUGUUUUCCAGAUUUCGGAUUUUGUAUUUGUUGCAGAUAGAAAAAGUAGAGAAUGAAACACUGCUCACCUGAUUGAAAUGAGGUUGUGGAGCUGUUAUACUGUCAAACUGAAUGAGCAAGAAAAGCAUCCGCACACUGAAAUCUGUGCAAAAAAAAAUCUGUGAUUUGUUUAAUCUUCCUGCACAUUUUUAAGCGUGGAGAUGCUUCUUAGAUAGAAAAUGAAGAUCAACAAAGAGAAAAAAAAAAUGAUAUGAUCUCCAGUACAAAGGUGAAUACUGGAGUCUAGUUACUGACUAAAUGUGCUGCCAUGGAGUGUUUCGUCUCCUAGACUGAACGUAGUUUCUCUCACAUGUUUUCUGUUGUGUUCAGGACUCUGUAAACAUUAAAUUUGACUUGGUUUGGAAAACAGUCA